CAGAUUGUUACUCUGUUUUUUUCUAUAUAAUUAGAUAGUUCCUAAGAUAAUUUGCUAGUGGAUAGAUAAAAAUGGAUUUAAUGUAAGUAUUGUCUAAACAAUGGAAAUAUAAUUUUUUCCUAGUUCACCACAUGGUGGCGAUAUUAACAAAGAAAUCUAGUCUACUUCCUCAUCAGGGCAGACAGUAAUACAAAAUUGAACAAAAGGAAUCUGACUCUUUUUGCGAUGAGACAUAUGCAGACUAUAAAAUGGCAAAAGACUGAACAAUUCAAAAUGAUUUGCUCAACUAAAUCAUAAAGAAAGGAAAGAAAGACUGACUGUUGGGCAAAAUUUGAGCCUACAAGGAAGAGACUGGAAUCAUGGAGAAUUGCUUUUGGAAAAGACAAGGUCUGUAUGUCCUUCUCUCUUUCUCAUUCCUUAGAGUAAUGUGUGCUUCAAUUCGCUUUUCUGUCCCUGAAGAAAAGAAAAAAGGGUUUCUGGUGGCUAAUGUGCUCAAGGAAUUGAAACUGGAAGCAGGGGAGCUCUCAACCCGCAAAGCACAUUUAGUUGCUGAGGGCACUCAGGAAUACUUCCACCUUGAUAUUCAGACUGGGAAUCUGUUGAUUAAGGAUAACAUAGACAGAGAAGCUUUAUGUGGCCAGAAUGAUCCUUGUGUACUUCUAUCUCAGUUUGUUCUGGAAAACCCCUUAGAUAUCUUUAAUAUUGAAAUCAAGAUAGAAGAUGUGAAUGACAAUGCCCCCAAAUUUUGGAAAAACAAUGUGGAGAUAGACAUUCCUGAAAAUAUUCCUAUAAGUAUGAUAUUUCCCUUGGAAUUAGCCCAGGAUGAUGACUUAGGAGAUAAUAGCAUCCAAAAUUAUAUUCUCAGUCCCAAUGAGCAUUUUCAGCUUGAAGUACACAAGAACGAAGACAAAACUGAUAAUAUAUAUCUUGUUUUGAAGAAACCAUUAGAUAGGGAGGAGAUGCCACACCUUGGAUUGACUCUAAUGGCUAUUGAUGGAGGAGUUCCAAAGAAAACAGGCACAGUUCAAAUUAAAAUUAAUGUUCUGGAUAAUAAUGAUAACUUUCCUCUGUUUAGCAAGUCUGAAUAUAAGGCAAGAAUAAAGGAGAAUCUGCCUCAGGGCACUCUUGUGGUUAAGGUGGAAGCCACAGAUCUGGAUUUGGGUUCAAAUGCACUGAUCCUCUACUCAUUCCAUCAAGUACCGGAAAGAAUAAACAAUUUGUUCAAUUUAAAUGAGAGAACAGGAGAAAUCACGGUUUGGGGUCAGAUUGACUAUGAAAAAGAAAAAAGUUACAGCAUGAAUAUCAGAGCAACAGAUGGAGGGGGUCUCCCGGAUCACUGCAAAUUACUAAUAGAGGUUGAAGAUGUGAAUGACAACCCCCCAGAAGUGUCCAUCAUAUCUCUGACCAGCUUUUUAAAAGAGGACUCUCCCCCAGACACAGUGGUGGCUGUCUUCAAUAUUAGAGAUCAAGACUCUGGAGACAACAGCAAAAUGGUCUGCUCCGUGGAGAUGAACCUUCCUUUUGUGCUCAAAAGCACCGCAAACAACUUUUAUCAGCUUGUGCUCCAAAGUCCCCUAGACAGAGAGACAGUCACUGAGUACAACAUUACCAUCACAGCCAUUGACUGUGGCUCUCCUAGGCUUACUUCAACAAGGCUGAUUAAUGUUCAGAUCUCCGAUGUCAAUGAUAACCCUCCUCUUUUUGAAAAGUCUUCAUUUGACAUGCAGAUCCGGGAGAAUCAUAUUCCAGGCUUGCUCAUCGGCUCAGUCCACGCUGUGGAUCUGGACACAAAGCAGAAUGCAAAAGUAACUUACUCAGUUCUGCCUGGGAAGGGUGGUGGCCUUUUGCCCACUCUCAUUUCGAUCAACUCUGAAACUGGAAACCUGUAUGCCCUCCGAUCCCUGGACUAUGAGCAGAUCAGAGGCUUCAGAGUUACUGUGAGGGCCUCUGAUGGUGGUUCUCCUUCCCUGAGCUCAGAAGUGAUUGUCCGCAUCCACAUCAUAGAUGAAAACGACAACGCUCCCUUCUUCCUGUAUCCCCUCCAGAACAACACAUCCCCAUGCAAUGAGCUGGUUCCCAAGUCAGCCGAGACCGGCUAUCUGGUCAGCAAGGUGGUUGCAGUGGAUGCAGAUUCUGGCCAAAACUCUUGGCUUUCCUAUGAAUUGCUGAAGGCCACGGACCCAGCCCUUUUCAGCAUAGGAGCGCAGAAUGGGGAAGUGAAAACCAGGAGAGCCCUGAAUGAGCGAGACACAAACAAGCAGAGGCUGGUGAUUCUGGUCAGAGACAACGGUCUUCCUCCCCAGACCAGCACGGCGUUGCUUAAUGUCCUUCUUGUGGAUGGCUUUUCGGAUCCCUUCCUGAGGAGGGUGGAUGUCAGUGUGCAAGAACCGGAAGAAGAUAAAACCUUGACCAAGUAUUUGGUGAUCUGCUUGGCUGCUGUCUCCUUUGUGUUCCUGGUCUGUAUUGUUGUGUUUAUUGUGGUCAAAAUCCUCAAGAAGGACCCCCAAAGCCAUUUUACUGCAGCUGUUCCUCACUUCCCACCCGCCAGUGCUGAUGCCCCAGAGAACUGUGCAGAUUCACAGAAUGGGUCGCUUUCCAGGACUUACCGUUAUGAUGUUUGUUUGACUGGUGGAUCCUUAAGUAGUGAAUUCCGAUUUCUCAGGCCUCUCUUUCCUGUGCUGUCCUGUCCUGUCGGAGAUGUUAAUAUCCCAGGCAACCACUGGACUUCUUCUGGCCCCGAAGAUUUAUCUAAGGAGGUUGCAAUUAAUGGGAGAACGAAAGAGGUAUUGAUGUCAGCUGACUGGUCUGUAAUUUCCUGGAUCUGUUUUUUCCCCCUUUAUUGAAGAUGGGGACCACAUCAGCUCUUUUCCAGUCUUCAGUAGUUCCCUGAUGCUUCAAGAACUUUGAAAGAUAUGGGGUAAAGUUCCUUUGUCUGAAGAUCCUGCUGCUAAAUCUGGAGGCCCAAGCUGUACUGUAAAUCAAGCAAUAGGUGUAAAUAUGAACUCUGGUCAAAGCGA